AUGGAGCUUGUGGUGGGCACUUCGGAGGAGAAUAUGCGGUCCCUCCUGAGCAAACUAGGCGGCCUUCUCUCCGAGGAGUACACCCUGAUUAGGGGCGUCGACGGGGACCUCCAGUACAUCAACGACGAGCUCGCCACCAUGCAGUCCUUCCUCCGCUACGUUGGCUCAAGACGUGGCCACGACGACCUGACCAAGGACUGGAUGAAGCAGAUCCGCGACCUCACCUACGACAUUGAAGACUGCAUCGACGACUCCGGCAACCGCCUCCACGGCCUGCCCACCGGCAUGCCCUGCUAUUUCCUCCUCAACAGCGUCUUCGAGAUCCUCACGUGGUGGCCUCGCCGCGAUAUUGCCGCUAGGAUAUCAACCCUCAAGAUGAGGGCGCAGCAAAUCGGCGAGCGGCGCCAAAGGUAUGUUGUCAACGACCCCUGGACCGGCGAACCGCCUGCGGGUGCCGGUCCGCCCACCAAGGCCGCAGUAUUUGUAGCUGCGGACAACCAGGAUGUCCGCCUUCAGCUUGUCGACAUGAAGGACCCCGUGGGAGUGGAGCAGCAGAUGAAGGACCUCAGAAGGUGGGUGACUUACCUUGUCGGGUUCGGAGGGGUGGGGAAGACCGCAAUAGCCACCGCAUUGUACAGGAAAUUUAAGGAGAAUUUCGUCCACACUGCGGUGGUCACAGUGUCUCAGAGCUCCGACGUGGAAGCCAUUCUCAGGAGCAUCAUCAAUCAAAUCAAGCCCAAGGCCAGCAAUCGCCAGGAGGAGGGCGGUUCAACCAAGAGUGCCAUGGCCACUAUUAAAGGCGUAAUGGUCAAGUACUGCAGCGCUGGCACCUCGGAGGGAAAGCAUGAUGGCACCAAGAAACAACUCAUGAACGAGCUCAAGCAGCUCAUCGAGAAAAAAAGGUACUUGUUGUUAAUUGAUGACGUAUGGUCUGCAAGUAUGCUGGAAAAUAUUAUAAAAGAACUUCCUGAUGAUAAAACCAGCAGAAUAAUAGUUACGACGCGGUUCCAUUCUGUGGCUACACCCAAAAGAGACACAGAACUUCGUCGAGUCACUGGUCUUGCUGAAGAAAAAUCCAAGAAAUUAUUUGAGCAGGCCUUCUCUGAGUCCAAAGGAAACAAAGAUGUUGCUAUUAUAUGGCCUCAAGAUUUUUCUGCACCACCCAACACAGAAGAAGUCAUCGCCCAGGAUGUGCCCAGGGAAACUAGGGGCCGAAUCCAGCCACAUUGGCGACUCAAUAUUUUGACACACAAAGUGCGCACAAGAAUACUGCUGAGAAGAGUACGCCGUCCAACGAAGAAAAAACAUGUCCAUUCAUGUAAGCAAGGCACCCCUGAAACUGAAAGCCAAGGUAGUGAAGAUGCCACUGUCCCCAAUGAAGUCUGGAAGAUGUGUGGGGGGCUGCCAUUGGCCAUAGUUACCAUGGCUGGUCAUGUGGCCUGCAACCCGGACAAAUCAUUGAAGGAUUGGUCCGACGUUUGCAGCUCUCUAUUCCCGGAGUUAGGACAAGAUCAUAUCAAAAAACUUACGCAGGAGGAAGUGGGUAGGAUCAUUAGCUAUUGCUAUGACGACAUGCCUGCGGAAAUCAAGACUUGCUCGAUGUAUUUGAGCAUAUUUCCGAAGGGUGACAGAAUCAGCCGGAAGCGUUUGACAAGGCGAUGGAUAGCCGAGGGCUUUGUCCGCGAGAAGCAUGGGCUGAGUAUGGAAGAAGUUGCAGAGACGUAUUUCAAUCAUCUCAUAAGAAGGAAGAUCAUCCGGCCAGUGGAGCACAGCAGCAAUGGAAAGGUAAAGAAAUGCACAGUUCAUGACAUGGUUCUCGAGCACAUUGUAGCAAAGGCAAGCGAAGAGAAUUUCAUCACCGUAGUUGGUGGUAACUGGCUAAUGCAGCCAUCUAGCAGCAAGGUCCGUCGGCUGUCCCUCCAAGCCUGUGAUUCCAACCGUGCAAAGGAUACAGAAAAGAUGAACAUGUCACAUGUUCGAUCAGUAACCAUGUUUGGAAGUUUGAACAACCAGUUGCAUGCCCAUUUGUUCAAGCUUGAAAUUGUGCAGAUCAUGGAUCUUGAAGGAUGCAAGGGUUUUAAACAGCACCAUAUCAUAGAGAUUUGCAGAAUGGUUCUGCUCAAGUAA